CCUGUACUGUACUGCGUUGUACUGUGCCAACACGGACUGGUUUGUCGCUGUAUUCUGUGUUCUCUAAAUCUCUACCUGCUGUCGCGUGAACUAAUUUCCCCGCUGUGGGACUAUUAAAGGUUUUCUUAUCUUUCUUAUUUUAUCUUAAACUGGAUCACUGUGGUUCCGAAGGAUGACUCAAACCUGACAGCGUGUACUUAAACUUCCAUUGUGAGAGCAUGAGCAGAACCGCUUGCGGGAACACGACUGGUCCGUCGGUACCUGCUCCGGUGGGUCCAGGACUGAGUCGAUCCGCGAGUUUCCGCCUUUUUGUCCUUCGCCUUUUCCGUAGCCAAUAAAGGAAGUGACGCACUGGGCGGAUCAGAGUCCAGAAGUCGCCAGGCUGGUUCCGCCUCAUCUUCUACGGUCCGAACUCAGACGCGCCCUGCUAAAAUGCACAGAUUGAAGGUCAUCUCAGGGCACCUGUCCCACAGACGGGACCUGCGGAGGUCGGACUGUGGGGCGCGAGCCGCAGCGAGCCGCGGGUCCGAGGACGUGGUCGUGGUUCACGGACGGAGGAGCGCGAUCGGUAAAGCCCGGAGGGGCGGGUUUAAGGACACCACACCUGACGAGCUGCUCGCCGCUGUGAUGGCGGCGGUGCUGGCGGACGUGGGCCUGUCCGCGGACAAGCUGGGAGACGUGUGUGUGGGGAACGUGCUGCAGCCUGGUGCUGGUGCUGUGAUGUCCAGAGUGGCCCAGUUUCUCAGCGGGUUUCCAGAGACGGUUCCGGUCUACGCCGUCAACAGACAGUGCUCGUCUGGUCUGCAGGCUCUGUUGAACGUAGCAGGGUCCAUCAGAAGUGGGUCCAUCGAGCUGGGCCUCGCCUGCGGUGUGGAGAGCAUGUCGCUGCGACCCGCCACCAAACCCGGAGACCUGAGCUCCAGGCUGCUGGACCACCACCGGGCCAGGGACUGUCUGAUUCCCAUGGGCAUCACCUCGGAGAACGUGGCCGAGCGGUUCGGCGUCUCCCGAGAAAAGCAGGACGCCUUCGCUCUCACUUCUCACAUCAAAGCCGCUCGGGCUCAGAGUUCCGGGCUGUUCGACCAGGAGAUCGUCCCCGUCACCACGAGGCUCGUCGACGACGCCGGGAGCGAGCGACAGGUGACCGUGCGUCAGGACGAGGGGAUCCGACCCGGGACCACGCUGGAGGGACUUGCAAAACUCAAGCCGGCUUUCAAAGCGGACGGCAGCACCACGGCAGGUAACGCCAGCCAGGUGAGCGACGGCGCCGCGGCCGUGCUGCUGGGCCGCAGGGCUGCUGUGGAGGCUCUGGGUCUGCCGGUGCUGGGGGUUCUGAGGGCCAGCGCCGUGGUGGGGGUCCCUCCUGAUGUGAUGGGUGUGGGACCAGCGUUCGCCAUCCCUGCAGCCCUGGAGCAGGCCGGACUGACUGUGGCCGAUAUCGACGUGUUUGAGAUCAACGAGGCCUUCGCCAGCCAGGCCGUGUACUGCGUGGAGAAGCUCGGGAUCCCUCUGGAGAAGGUGAAUCCAAACGGGGGCGCCAUCGCGCUGGGUCACCCUCUGGGCUGCACCGGGGCGCGGCAGGUGGUGACGCUGCUCAACGAGCUGAGACGCAGAGGACGGAGGGGCUUCGGCGUGGUGUCCAUGUGCAUCGGGACGAGGAUGGGAGCCGCAGCCGUCUUUGAAUAUCCUGGACCGCUGUGAGCGAACUCACCGUUAGUCAGAGCAGAGAACUGGGUCAGUGCCUUUGAUCCUGUGCCGUGGGAAAUGAAGCCACUGCUUACUGAAUGAUCUUUGACUUUAGUGUCUGGAUGAAUCUGAAAGUGAGAUUAUUUCCACAUCACAACUUUUGUAACAGAUGGGUUUAAAUGUUCCUCUGGAUCCUCACUUGAUUGUCUUUGUGUUAAACAUGAAGUGUUUGCGCUUCACAUUUAAAUCCCAGUGAGUAUUUUACUGAGAAGCGGUUUGGCCUCCUGCUGUGAUGAGUUGGAUCAAGUCUGCAAAACUAACGGGUCUGAACAGAACUUACAGCCACUGCUUCGUCGCAUUGUCAGUGUUUGAACCAUUAGAAAUGCGAGUUGGUCUGAAGACUGGAGGAAAAUUUGUAUUGGUUCAUGUGUACAUGGAAAUAAAAACCUUCACUUUCA